AUGGACUCGACGCCGGUCCUCAACCAAGGCUGGGGCUAUGGCCUCAUGAUUGGUCUCGGCAUUCUCUUCGCCGUCAUAAUGAUCAUCAUUACCUGGGCCCUCAAGAGAUACAACUACGAGCUCCAGACGUCAGAAAUGUUCACAACCGCCGGGCGGUCACUGAAAUCCGGCUUGGUUGCUUCUUCCGUCCUCUCCACGUGGACAUGGGCUGCCACUCUGCUGCAGAGCACGGCGGUAGCCUACAAAUACGGCGUGUCUGGCCCGGUGUGGUAUGCCUCUGGCGCGACGGUACAGAUCAUCCUCUUCGCAACGCUGGCCAUCGAACUGAAGAGGCGGGCCCCAAAUGCCCAUACAUUUUUGGAGGUGGUGAAAGCUAGAUAUGGCCCCGUCACCCACGCUGUGUACAUUGUCUUCUGCUGCUUUUGCAACAUUCUGGUCACGGCGAUGCUUCUCACCGGUGGCUCGGCCGUCAUCCAGAACCUGACGGGAGCGCCUGUGGCCGCCUCCGUGUUUCUCUUCCCCAUUGGCGUCGUCGUGUACACCCUUUUCGGUGGCAUCAAGGCCACCUUCAUCACCGACUACAUCAACGGGCUGGUGAUCCUCGUCAUCAUCUUCAUCUUCGCCUUCACGGUGUACUCCACCAACGAGCUCCUGGGCUCUCCCGGGAAGGUGUGGGAGAUCCUCACCGAUCUGGCGGCUGAACGCCCCCUGUCCGGAAACUCGGGCGGCAGCUACUUGACUAUGCGCUCGCAAGGCGGUGCCGAGUUCUUCAUCAUCAACCUCUGCGGGAACUUCGGAACAGUCUUCCUCGACAACGGAUACUACAACAAGGCCAUCGCGGCUUCGCCUAUCGACGCUCUGCCUGGCUAUGUCAUGGGUGGCAUCAGCUGGUUCGCCGUACCCUGGCUGACCGCGACUACCAUGGGCCUCGCCGGUCUCGCCCUGGAGAAGUACGACGUGUGGCCCACGUACCCGAACAGACUCUCCCCGGCCGACGUCGACGCCGGUUUGGUGUUGCCCACCGCGGCCGUUGCGCUCCUAGGAAAGGGGGGUGCCGUCGCGACAUUGAUCUUGGCUCUUUUCAAGUUCAUGGCCAUCAUGAGCACCUACUCCUCCGAGCUCAUCGCGGUCUCGUCAAUCUGCACCUACGACAUCUACAAGACCUACUUCAACCCGUCGGCGACCGGCAAGCAGCUCAUGCGCAUCAACUACAUCGGCAUGGGCGUCUUCGCCCUGCUCAUGGCGGGCUUCGCCACGGGCCUCAACUACGUCGGCAUCUCCAUGGGCUACCUGUACCUCAUGAUGGGCGUCAUCAUCUCGUCCGCCGUGCUGCCCGCGACCCUGACGCUCCUCUGGGACGGCCAGUCGUGGGCCGCCGCGACCUUCAGCCCCAUCAUCGGCUUCGUGCUGUCCAUGACCGCCUGGCUGGUGACGACCAACAUCAAGUACGGCGAGCUGAGCGUCACCAACACGGGCGCCAACGAGCCCAUGCUGGCGGGCAACCUGACCUCGCUGCUGUCGCCCGUGCUCUUCAUCCCGCUCCUGACCUUCGUGCCGCCGUUCCGGCCGCAGGGGUACGACUGGCAGAGCAUGCUCAACAUCCGCCAGGCCGACGACCACGACGUUGCCGGUGCCGCGGACGCGGAUGUCGAGAACGUGCCCGAGGCGCCCGUCGAGCCGUUCGCCGACCCGGACGAGAAGGCCAAGCUUGAUAAAGCGGCCAAGACGGCGCGAUGGCUGACUGUCGGCGUCACGCUCAUCUUGUUAAUUCUCUGGCCCAUGCCGCUGUACGGCACUGGCUACGUCUUUGGGAAAUCUUUCUUCACCGGCUGGGUCGUGGUGGGCAUCACGUGGCUGUUCGCGUCGGUCAUCAUGGUCGUCUUCCUACCCAUCUUUGAGUCGCGGAGCACCAUUGUCCGGACAACGCGUCUGAUGUUCAAGGAUCUUUUCGGGAUGAGGGGGAGAGGAAAGCCAGUGACCGAGGGCCAGCCUCAGGGCUCUAGGACGCCGCCGGAGGUUGCAGAGAAGAUUGAGCCCAAGGCUUAG